AUGGGUGACCACAGAAAACCUCGAAAGACAGAGGACCCUUUCCUCCUCAAUUACGAUGACGCCGAAGUUCGGAUCGCCGCCGAGUUUUUGUCCAAUUGGCUGCCUUUUCUGUCCCGCGGUCUCUGCAAAUCCUGCACCCGAACUCUCUCCGAUGGCAUCCGAUCCCUCAACACAGGUGGGUUUGAUGCUUCUACUGCGAACACUAUUCAUCUGAACGGAUGCAAAGAAGAUCAAGGUUACUGUAGUGCCCAUUCGACUGGGAGCAGGAACGAAGGUGAGGAUAAUAAUGACUGUACGGACACUCAUUCAUUGGGAAGUUGGAAAGAUGAGGCUGAUGGGAUCCCAGAAAAAUCUGUUGAAGCAUCACCAACGAGCGAAACAUUCAGCCUUUCAGCACCAUCUGCAAGCUCACUUCGGAAGAAGUCUUGGGCCGAUAUGGCUUUGGAAGACGAACUUGCUGUAGAGGAUGAAAAUGAAGUGAGCAGUAGACUUAUUGAUGUGAAUGAUCCCUCUGCGGAGGGAACAUCUGUGAAUGAAGCGAAUAAGGUAAAAGUGGCGUUGUCGAGGGAUCAGAGAGAAUACAUCCGCUUUAACAGCGUCCAGAGAAAGAAGGAUUUCAUAUGUUUUGAAAGAGUCAAUGGGAAAUUUACAAAUAUACUUGAUGGGCUGGAGCUGCAUAAAGGUGUUUUUAGUGCUGCAGAACAGAAGAGAAUUGUGGAUUAUGUGGAACAGCUACAAGAGAUGGGAAGGAAAGGGCAGUUGAAAGAUCGUACAUAUUCUGCACCCGCGAAGUGGAUGAGGGGAAAGGGACGCAUAACUCUUCAAUUUGGCUGUUGUUACAACUAUGCCACAGAUAAAAAUGGUAAUCCGCCAGGUAUCCUGAGGAAUGAAAUGGUUGAUCCCUUACCCCAUCUAUUCAAGGUGAUGAUUAAGAGGCUGAUCAGGUGGCACGUUUUGCCCUCAUCCUGUGUGCCCGAUAGCUGUAUCGUGAACAUCUACGAGGAGGGGGACUGCAUACCCCCUCAUAUCGAUAAUCAUGAUUUCGUGAGGCCCUUCUGCACCGUCUCGUUUCUCAGCGAGUGUGAGAUACUCUUCGGGUCGAACCUCAAGAUUGUUGGUCCCGGCGAGUUUUCCGGUUCAUAUGCGAUCCCUCUUCCAGUUGGUUCUGUUCUCGUCAUAAAUGGCAACGGAGCUGAUGUGGCGAAACAUUGUGUGCCUGCAGUCCCUGCCAGAAGGAUAUCUAUUACAUUUAGGAGGAUGGGAGAGUCGAAACGGCCGAGCAGAUAUGUACCUGAAGCGGACCUGCAAGAGAUUGAGAUACUGUCCAAAGAGAGGAAGCAACAUAAUAGUGAAGGAGGUAGGCGUUUGACGAGUAAAGCAGAGUCUGAUAUGAAUAAUGGUAGGGUGGUGGUUGGCAGGCGGAGAGGACUGCUUGACAAAUAUAUCGAGCCCCGUCGGCCCAGAAACAUGUCAUAG